AUGAGGUUAAUUGCUUGGACGACAACUUAUGGAGGAAGAACUCCUCGUUUUCAUCACGGUUCAGAGAAACUCUUUAUCAGAGCUUCUCGGCUUGCUCACGGCCUACCCUCAGCGCUCGUUGCUUUUGCUUCGCAUCUCAGUGAACAAACAACCAUAAAAAGAUGGGAAGAUGAAUUAUCUCUACUAGAAGCAUCCCCUCAUGAGAAAGUUCAGAAUAUUUUGAGAGCAAGCUAUGACGGUUUAGAUCAAUACGACAAGAAUGUUUUCCUUCAAGUGGCAUGUCUCUUUAACGGAGGCUUCCUCUGGCUUAUCAAGGUUUUUCUUGGUGAAUCUGGUCCAAGGAUACAUCGCUUAGUGGCAAAGUCUCUCCUGGACAUAUCAUAUGAUGGACGUUUAAUCAUGCAUUUCUUGGUAGAACAAACCGGAAAAGAAAUUGUGCGUCAAGAAUCUAUGUUGACACCGUGUAAUCAAAAGUUCUUGUGGGAACCGGAAGAGAUCUAUGAUGUGCUAUCAAGGAACAUAGGUACAAACAUAAUAGAAGGCGUUUCACUACACAUGUGUGACAUGUCUGACACUUUAAAUAUAAGUAGCAGUGUUUUCGAGCCUAUGAAUAACCUUACAUUUCUCAAUUUAUUAAAACAUGUGGUUGACACCGAGUCCAAGCUGCAGCUCAUGAUGUCAGAUGAUUCUGAUGAUACUACGCAUCGACUUAAGUUACUUCACUGGGAUGCUUACCCACUUGAAACAUUGCCACUUAGUUUCAAGUCAAGCCUUCUUGUUGACCUCAAUCGACGUUACAGUAACCUCAGACACCUUUGGGAUGAACCCAGUGUAUAUAAAUCCGUUGUCUAUAAACCCAAGCUAUUUACAAACCUACGAAGACUAGAUGUGACGGGCUCUACGAAUCUUGUAGAACUUCCAGAUCUUUCACAAUCUUUGAAACUUGAGGAGUUGAUAAUGGAAGGCUGCACGAGUCUAAGGCAAACCCCUGGGUCCAUCGAUAAAUUACAUCUAAGGAAACUCAACAUAGUCCGUUGUGAUAGCCUCGUGGGUGGCAUGGAAGUUUGUUACCUCAACGAACCCGAGGACAAUAGCUUCCAUCGACGUAUUGAGCUGAUUCUUCUCGAACAAGUAGCAACACUGAGUUCUCUAACUGAUCUAUCAAUCCAAGGCAAAAUAAAUGUUGCCUUGUUGCACACUCUCACAGGAACAGCACAGCGUCUCUCCUUCACUUCUGAGCACCUUUUGAAAACACUUGUCAUUGAGAGGUUAGAGUACUUGGAGAUGGGUGAUUCUUUCACCUGUCACAGCUUUUCAAAUUUUCCUUGUCUGACCGAGCUUAAGCUGAUCAACUUAAACAUCCGAGAAAUCCCUCAAGACAUUGAUUGUUUGUUGUCCUUAAGGACACUUGACCUCACCGGUAAUGAUUUUGUGCAUCUACCUAAAACCAUGUCACAACUAACCAAGGUGGAAUAUCUUACUCUUAGAAACUGUCACAACCUCGACGCAUUGCCACAACUCAGGGGUUUACUUGAGCUUUGCAUUGACAACUGCAAGAAUCUUGUUCAGUCACUGGAAGAUGAGCUAUUAUGUUAUUGCACUAGUUUAACAUAUUUAGAUGUUAGCAACCACGAGUUUGAGAUAAUGCCAACAAGCAUUAGUAGACUUUCCUCGCUCACAACUCUUUACCUUAAUAACUGCAAGAAGCUUAAAUCAGUUGAAGAUCUUCCACAGAGUCUCAACCAUCUCUAUGCACACGGCUGUGAUUCUCUGGAGAGCGUUGCACUUUCUCCAGAGGUCAAACACAUCGAUCUUAGAGAUUGCCCCCGCCUGAAACAAAAUGAACGGAUAAAGCUUCUCUCUUCAAACGACAAACAUGGUCGACCGGUGUCGGUACGAGUUUCGAUCUUAUCGAGGCUGUAGUGGCCAAUCAUCUACGAGGAUCGGCUAACUAUUAUUGGAGAUACACAACUGUUACUGUUAAAUUCCAAUUAUGAAGUGAUCAAAGCUUGUGAAGUUUUUUUUCAUCUUUUUCUUUUAUGACGAGAAAAGGUCAAGCUUGUGAAAUUCAAGCCA